ACGAGCAGCCCCGAGCCUUCACUCAUCGGUCCAUCACUGCGAUAAAGCGCUCGCGCCCUGGAGAUCACCUCAGUAUCUCGCUGUUCACGUGCCACUGCGUGAGUUUGGGAAUAUAGUACUAAGAUUUACGUUUUGGAGCAUCGUUGACCGUUCUUUUCUUCAAAGGUAUUUUGAUGUUACCAACAGAAAUCUCAGGAGGAGUGUGUUUCAGCACAAGUCAGCACUCCAAAGAAGGAAGGAACGGAAUGAAAACAGAGGAAAACCAAUCAUGUCUUCAGCAGGCUCCCUCCGCCACUCCUUAUGAGCAUUUGGGAGGAGGUGAGGUGUGUGCAGGGUGUGAGUCUCACAUCGCAGACCGCUUCCUCCUGCGUGUGAAUGAACUGUCCUGGCAUGAGACCUGUGUCAAGUGUGCAGUAUGUCGCAGCGCGCUGAGUGGGACCUGCUACUGUCGGGACCGCUUGCUUUACUGCAAGCAUGAUUACGAGAAGAUGUUUGUGCGGAAGUGCAGUGCGUGUCUGCAGGCGAUUGGCCGCUCGGAGCUCAUCAUGCGUGUGCUGGGGCAGGUGUACCACCUGGGCUGUUUCAGCUGCUGCGAGUGUGAGCGCCGGCUGCAGAGAGGUGAUGAGUUUGUGCUGAAGGAGGGACAGCUGCUCUGCCGGGGAGACUAUGAGAAGGAGAGAGAGAUGCUGGCUGCCCUCAGUCCGACUCCUACUGAGUCAGUAAAGAGUGAGGAUGAGGAGAGUGGUGGUGUAUCUGUUGGGGGAAAAGGCGGGGAUGAUGGGAAGGAGCACAAGCGAUCCAAGAGACCACGUACCAUCUUAACCACACAACAGCGACGCGCCUUCAAGGCCUCCUUCGAAGUGUCCUCCAAACCCUGUCGAAAGGUGAGAGAAACUCUUGCAGCUGAGACUGGACUGACUGUGAGAGUCGUGCAGGUGUGGUUCCAAAAUCAAAGAGCAAAGAUGAAGAAGAUUGCUCGCAGACAGCAGCAGCAGCAACAGCAGCAGGAACAGGAGCAGAUGGGCGGGACUAGGAGGGGGUCGAGCAGAGGGGGUCGCCAGAGUAAUGAUGACAGUGAGGAUGGCUCUAGCAGUCAUGGAUUGGAUGGGUUGCUUUCAUAUUCCUCUCUGCCACGCCAGCAACUGCUGGCUUUGGAUCCAAACAUAUACGGGGGUGAGCAGUUCAGACACGGCCUCACGCCACCACAGCUAGGCCCUGAGCAGAUGCACUCCUAUGACUCAGAGACAGUAUUUCAUGACUUGGACAGCGAUGGAAGUCUCAGUCAUCUUGGUGACUGUCUCUUGUCAACCGCAGAAGCUGGAGUUCUGGCUGGCCGAAUAGGAAAUCCCAUUGAUCGCCUCUACUCCAUGCAAAACUCCUACUUUACCUCAUGACCCCUCCACAACCCUGUUUCCACCAACCUAAACAGCUCCAUCAUCACUAUAGGGGACAAAAGAUAGAUUGACUCUCAAUGAAGCAUGUCUUAUCAUCAAACCUACCUGGACACCACAAACACAAGAAUUAUAUUUUAACUGUGCUAAAAAAGAUCUGGCAAAGGGCCUACAACCAUUAAAAUGAUACAGGAUUGGAUCAUAUCCUAAAAAGUAAUGGGCAGAGUUUGCAGCACAAGGCAGUUUCAUUGAAAUUACACAAUUAUGGAGUAUAUUACACAUGUACACGUUUUAUGUAACAGACAUAGGGAUAUUACAGACAUUGACAGGCAGCUUGUUCAUGAAGUAUGUGUUACCUCAACUUCUAUUCACUACAAAGUAAUUCAUAUAUUACAAUCCAAAACAAUUGCCUUUCACUCAGUAUGUUUUGCAUAAUAUGUCAUUUUUGCAUAGGAAUGAACUUCUAUUCAAAUCUAAAGUGAAAACAAAAAAGUAAUGCUGGCAGAUGUCAACUGUACAUCAGUAUACAGUAUAUUAAAUUGAUCAGAUUAAAUAGGUUAAUUUACAUUAAGUUGUUGAAUUCUUUUUUCACACACACACACACACACACACAAAAUGACAGUGCAGUAAUUUAAAAUACACUGAAUUUAAUUUGGCCUGUACUUGUUACAAAACAAACAUCUAUUUCUAAUAAUUUGAAUGAUAACCAUUAUACACAUUAAGUCAUGUCACAUUGUAAUUAAUUUAGAUUGUUUAACUAUUUGCAGUUUCUUAAACACUUAUUUUGUAUUUUGGCAAAUGCUCAUCUGGUACAAUAUAAGUGGGUUUUUUCCAUGUUUGCAAGCCGCAUUAACCGUGUAUUAGACAAUUAAAAUACAAUAGAAAAUAAAGAUAAUAUAUUUAAAAAAAAAAAACAAUACACCAAUAAAAAUAAUAGGCAAAGCAAAUCAAAGUAAGGAAAGAAAAUAAAUCUUGACAGGGUUCAUACUCAUAGAACAAAAGAGGAACACAUGACUAAAUACAUACUAACAAAACAUUGCAACAUACUUGAUUAUAUGAAACUUAUCUAUUAAAGCUUGAUUUGACAAGUAUGGUAAAUGUAUGCAUUAUUUUGUAUAUAUUACACUCAAAAAAUAAUUUUAAGAUUUACAGUACGCAUUACAAUUUCAUAACAAAAUUCCAUCAAGUCGAAUUAAAUAAUCUUUAAUAAAAUAAAAAAUAAAAACCUAAACAUUUUAAGGUUUAUCCAUUUAAUUUUGUUAAACAUUACACAAUUCAAUUUGAUGGAAUUUUGUUAUGAAAUUUUAAUAUGUAAAUCUUAAAAAUAGGUAGGCCAAAAUAUUUGUUUGAGUGUAUAUAUAAAAAUAUUGAUUUCAUUUGAAAAGGAUACUGAUUAGAUCUCAGGUUAGUUUGGUUUAUGUCGAGCAGUAUACUAUAUGGACACAGGGUAAAAACCACUUACAGUUUUCCUCUGAUAAAAUAUAAAGAGAGAACAAUUUGAAAAUGAUCAAGGACCUUGUAUUUUUUACAGUAGCAUUAAAAGUGGUUUAUGCCAGGAGUUUUUAGAUUGUUAGGCAUCAGGGUCAAAGGUUGACUAUACUCAUCUCUUCUGCUCUAUUUUUCAAGCAGAGAUGAAUCCAAGGCCACAUCCACACUAAUACAUUUUCUUUCAAAUGACUCCUCUCAUCCACUCUUGAAAAGGGGUUUUCUCCCCUGAAAAUGCUCUCCAUUACCGCAUACUUUGAAAAAAGAUGAUAUUAGCAAACUGAAAACUGAGUUUUUUAAACUAAAAAAGGUAAGUGUGGAUGUGGCCUUUGAGGAAAUAAUCAGGGUUAUUGCUAUACAGGGUUGAAAAUAGCAAAUAUGGCAGAAGAAAAAUAGCACUAAGUAUUAAGAAUCCCCCUUAAAUGUUACGGGAUGUGUUCACUUGGCAAAGUGUUGCUAUUUGUGCUUUAUUGUUACAUACUAAAAGUGUUUGUCGAAGGAGUGUUGUUGUAAUUGCCACUAUUGUUAUGAGUGUAGUUACUGACUCUUUUUACUCUGUAUGUUGUUGUUGACUAUUUUGAUGGCAGAACUCCAGCAUUGGAAUAUUUAUGUUGCAGCAUGAUAAACUGUAUAUGUGAAAUGUAUUAUUUAUACUGAAGAAUGCACAGCACACUUAUAACGCCAUCUGCUUAUAACAUUCUCAAAAACCUGACAAACUGAAAUGUAGUUUUCUUUUUAGUACACUGGACAUGACAUAUUGGUAAAUCAAGUGUGCAGCUGACUGUGCACAACUUCACUGACUAUUUUGUGAAGCUGGACUGUCUCAUAGUAAUGUACAGUAGAGUGUGAUAAUAUUUCUUCCAAGGACUGCACGGAUGACAGCUGUUCAUGGAUGAAUGGUAUAUCUCACAACAUACUGUCAUGUUUCCUUUUCCUUUAGCAUGAUCACUUUCAGCAAACGUGUAUUUGUGUAUGCUGCUCUCAGUUUUUCAAUAUAACCUGUCAUCACAACUACUGACACAAACCUGGCUAUGUGAUUUAUGGCUCAUGCACAGCGCUCUGAUGGGCGUAUGAUCCUAAUGCUGGUAAGAGACAUCACAUUUCUCUUUUUUGGCCAGUGCUCACUUUUGAUAAAUGAAAAAAUGAAAGAUCUGUUCGGCUCGCUGGUCAAAGACUUCAAACCCUGUGUCCUCCCACUAGUUUAACCAGCGGUCAAAGAAAUUCUCAUCUAAUGCCUCCCUACACAGUCUUUUGUUCCUGGACGCAGGGAGCCGGUGCACUUGUGAGGGGGAGAAAUUUCAUGCCUGCAUUCUUUGGUUUAAACUUUAAUGUAAUACAGGAACGCCAGGGUAAGAAGAAAAACACUCAGUAUACGCCAACACUGUGUCAGGUCUGUGUUCUUUAAAAUGUGUUUAAAAUGUUCUUUAUUAUGGUAAAAAAAUUACGAGUAUUCAGACAUUUUAACAGAGAAAAAGAAAGUCAUUAAAAAUGACAUGAACAUGAUUUUAUUUUGCUUAUUGAAACUAAAUGUAAUAUACAGUUGA